AUGGCGCACGAAGAUCCCGAGAAAGACACCAUAGCCGUCUCCGAGUGCAUCAGACAGGGCACAGACAGCUCAAAGUCAGGGGACGAUGAUGGCCUCAACUUAGUCCGUCAUGCCACUUGGGAUGAUGAUGAAGACCCUGCCAACCCUCAAAACUGGCCUUCCUCCAAAAAGAACUCUGUGGUCUUCACGGUGUCCUUCCUUGCCAGCAUAUCACCCCUGGCUUCCACGAUGACGGCCCCAGCCCUGCCCGCAAUCGCAAAGGAUCUCAAUAUUAGCUCCACACCUGAGCUUCAAUUCACAUUAUCGAUCUACGUUUUGGGUUACGCUAUUGGCCCACUCUUCUUAGCACCAUUGUCCGAGAUAUACGGGCGAGUCUGGGUCUCUCAGCUCAGCAAUCUAUGGUUUAUGAUCUUCAACCUACUCUGUGGAUUCGCAACAUCAACUCCACAGCUACUCGCCUUCCGCUUUCUAGCGGGAUUGGGUAGUUCCACCACGCUGAGUGUUGGAGCUGGUGUAUUGGGUGAUUGUUACCACCCAGGGAACAUGGGAUCUGCUGCAGCCCUCUACAGCGUGCUGCCAAUCAUAGGGCCUGUCGUUGGACCCAUUGUUGGAGGCUUCGUGACUCAAAACACAACAUGGCGAUGGAUUUUCUGGGCGAUCUCCAUUUGGGAUGCGGUGAUCCAGAUCAUCGCUUGCUUCGUUCUUCAGGAGACAUACAAGCCGAUCAUUCUAAGACAAAAAAACAAGCAACUGCAGAAAGCAAGCGGGUCUGAGCACGAUGUGUCUCAGGAUCCACCUUCCAUUCAUGUCUUGUUGCGACGAUUCGUUGGUCGCCCCUUGCAUCUUCUGGGAACUCAAUCACUAGUCCAAGCUCUAGCUCUAUACUUGGGAUUCUUGAAUGGGGUUUGUUACAUCGUCGAAACGACAUUUCCCACUCUUUGGACGAAGCGAUAUGGCCAACUUGCAUCCAUAGGAAGCUUACACUACAUUGCCCUCGGCAUUGGGGCCAUAGUAGGAGCGCAAGUAUGCUCCUCCGCCAACGACCACAUCUACCGAGCACUAUCAGCUCGCAAUGGAGGGAAAGGGUCUCCUGAUUUCCGUCUUCCAACAAUGCUCUUGGGAGCCAUUCUCGCUCCGAUCGGCUUGUUCUGGUACGGGUGGUCUGCUGAAAAGAGGCUCCACUGGAUUAUGCCCGAUAUUGGCGGUGCUAUAUACUAUGCUGGGUUUAUGAUGGGUCUAAUUAAUGUGCAUAUGUACGUGAUAGAUACCUAUGGGGACAACUCAGCAUCUGCUAUGGCAGCUGUUUCGUUGGUGCAGUCUCUGUUUGGUGCUAUAUUCCCCCUUUUCGGAGCGAAUCUUUAUACAGCUCUUGGGUAUGGAUGGGGCAAUAGCGUGAUGGGAUUUAUAAGUAUUGGUCUUGGGCUUCCUGCUCUUGCCUUAUUAUGGGUAUUUGGGGCUCGUUUGAGGAAGGAAAAUCAAUAG